AUGCACUACGCUGGGUGGGCUGGCCUUCGGGCCACGCUAGUAGCCCAAAAACAUUCUUUAGACCAAGUGAUUAUUUCCUUGACCUUUAUCGACUGCUACACGAAUUUGGGAUUUUCUUCAAACAUCUUUUCCAGAGAGAAAAGACUGCAAAAACAACUAAAAGAGGCAGAAAGGAAUAACAGAACAGCACGAAGGGAACUAGAAAGAGACCGGAAUCAACUUCAACUUAAGGAGGCUCAACUUAAGAAUGAAAUUAGACGCCUUGCCUUACAAGGGGACAAAAAGUCUUGUUCUAUAUUGGCGAGACAACUUGUCAACAAUCGCGAGCAAGUUUCUAAGAACAAAGAGAUGGGCUUGCUGAUGAAUGAUGCUUUUGCUCAGGAGAGAGUGUGCGCGUCCAAUAUUAGAAUCGCAAAAGCAGCUGAAACUACCACAUUAAUGAUGACUAAGAUGAAUAGGAGGGUGGAAAAAUCAGGUAGCGCCCAGGUGAUGCAAAAAUAUUCUAAGGAAAUUAUGAAAAUGUCGAACAGAGCAGAGGCCAUGAAUGAUGCUCUGUCUUAUAGCUUUGAUGACUCUGAGGGGGAAGCCGUUAUUCACCAAAUUCUUGACGAAAUGGGUACUGAAUUGAGUGAAAAAUUGCCGAAUGCGUCUACUCGGUCUCUGGGAUCGACCGGCGUCCCCGUAGCCGAUCAGGAUAGCACUGAUAUCACGGCGCGGCUGGAAAGACUGCGUAGACCAUAG